AAAGCGUCAAGUAUCAUUUCAUACUUCAAAGGGUGGUUAUAAAGUAACAUGUUUAGCUGAUAGGUUCCUUGUUUAUGCGUAAUGCUUUCCGUCUGUCACUGUUUAGAUCUACUUUGAUUUUGAGAAAACAUCGGGACCACCUAGUUCUUCCACAAUAAUUGCUAUUGAUGAGAUAUCAGUACUUCAAGGCGAUUGUCUUAGUGAACCUGUUACUCAAAGCACGCCAGCAAUAUCAGUAGAACCAACAACUUCAAUAACUGAGGCAGACUCGACAACAACUGGAAUAACAAGUAUAUCAACAGAGCCCAUCACUACAGCUACAACUACUAUCACAACUACUACUACCUCAACCACUACAACUACUACUACCUCAUCAACUACAACAACUACCAGUACUAGUACUAUUACUUCAACAGCUACCGCUACUGCAAUAACUACAAUAAUUACCAGUACCACAACAUCUACUUCUAUACAAACAACAGCGAGCACAACUUCAACAUCAGCGACUGUAAAGACCACGGCUGUCACAAUAUCUACAACUACAGAAGCACUUGCUACUCAUUUUAUAAUAACAACAACAACAGUUAUGACGAAUCAGCCAUCAUCCACUACAAUAAUUGCUAGUUCUACAUCAAAUUCUACAGUAUCAUCUACACCAUCUUCCAAAGUUUAUAUCAUAGUUUUAGCAACUGUCAUUCCUAUUGGUGCAGUUACAAUCAUCAUUCUAAUUCUAUGGAUUAAAAAGUUCAUGCCAUUUAAAAAAUCAAAAGUAAAUGUGCUUGAAAUGAAUGAAGUAGUACCAGCACCCAUAUAA